UUAAUACCGACUAAAAAUUUAACGAGUCCCCCACAGUGUAAUUUCCACUACAAUUCUUCGUCUUCAACUUCCAGUUUCUGGUCUUGUCUUCUUCUGCUUCUUGCCUCACCCCACCUCUCCCUCUCUCAACUUCUUCCCUGGUUUCUCCAAUUUUUCUUUGAUAUUUUUAUGUAGUGCCUGCAUAUUACUAAUUUAAAUGUAAAUCCAUAGAGGUAAGGUACUGAGACGCCCGAGCAAUGCAGUAAGCGUGAUUUCAGCAGCCUACGGGCUCGGAAGUUCCCAUUAUCCUCUGAGCAGUAUAACGUGAAACCAUGUUACUCACUCAUAAAGGAGAAGAAAAAGAUAUUCAGUUUAGUUGGGGUCGCAAGACUGGUGUUCAAUAUUACGAGUCAUUCACCUACAACGGAAUUGCAUAUUUCCUUUACGACUGUGUGCACGUGGAGUGCAAAGGUGAUUCUGAGCCUUCCAUCGGUAAGCUGGUUAAAAUAUUUGAAACACCCACAGGCACCAGGAAAGUGAGGGUCGUGUGGUUUUUCCGACCAAUCGAAAUACAAAAUUGGUUAGGUGAUCUUCAACCUCUCUCCAAUGAGCUGUUCUUGGCUUCCGGCAUGGGGCAAGGGCUUUCCAAUGUGAUUCCUUUGGAAGCCAUCAAUGGACCAUGCUCAGUGAUCUGCACAUCAAAAGACAGAAGGAAUACUCCGCCAACAGAAGAAGAGUUGGGAAAUGCAAAUUUCAUUUUUCUCCGUACUUUUGAUGUUAAAAGCCGCACAUUAUCAAAAAAGUUCCCAGAUUUAAUUGCUAAUGUUGAAGUGAAGAACUACUUUAAUCAACAAAAAAAGGUGAAGCCUUGUCCUGCAAAAGAUGAAGAUCUGGAUACAAAAAGUGCUAAAGCUGUUUCAGUUUCAGGGCUUGGAACAGCAAAAGCUAAACAAGCACAGUCUAGCAGGAAUAAAUCUUCAUCAUCAAGUGAGAUUUAUGAUAAUAAGUCUUACCACCCCACAAAGAGUUCUUCUACAGGUGUGUCUGGUACAUCGCUAGUUGUGAAGAGGAAACAUGAAAGUGCUUCAGGUGGCCCCAAUGUUAUCUCAUUAAAGAGAAUUAAGCUUGGAAAUACUUCAAGCUUUCCUGCAACCUCUCCACCUAGGAAGAAGCACGGAUGUGCUUUAGAUUUCCCUUAUACUUCCAUACCAAAGAAGAUAAAGCUUGAAAACCAUUCAGCUGCUGGACUUUCUCAUCAAUCAAAAGUAAGCCAAGGAAAAGAUUCAGAUGAUAGGGUAGUGGAAUUGGACCACAAAGUCAGAAUGUUUCCUGCAAAAGCGGGUUAUUUGGAAAAGAAAGAGGGUGUGGGAACUGAUUCUACAAUAAGGGAAGUUGUAAGAAAGCCAACUGAGGAUUCAAGCAAAUGGUUCAUUGAACAGCCUUGGGAGAAAAGAAUGCUAAUGGCUCAAGAAAAAGGAACACUGGUUUUACUGGGAAACCUUGAUCCUUCAUUCACUUCAGCAGAUGUGGAGGCUAUUCUUUCGGAUGCAUUCAACUUGAAGGUUAGUGCAAAGAUGAUACAUCAUGGGACCUUCUUUAGUCUGAACUCUGGACAAGCUUUUGCCAUAUUCAAAUCCAGGGAAGCUGCAAAUUCAGUAAUUUCUAGCUUAAAGACAAGGUGUCUGAUGCUUGGUGAUGGAAGGCCAUUAGUUGCUCGAAUGGGAUCUCUUAUGGAGCCACGUAAACCAAGUGGAUUUGUUGGCCACCUUACAAUUGACCGAGUGAGACCUCAAAAGCAACGAAUAGAGAUGAGAACAUCAGUAUCAACAUCCCACUAUUCCCAGAACAAUACAAUUGAAUAUGAGAUGGCCUUGGAAUGGUUUGUAUUACAAGAACGAUCAGACCGAAGGUGGAAAGCAUUAUAUGAGAGUCAAGCAAAGGAACUUGCAGAGCUUAAGAGCAAAUUCAAGACCCCACAGUGAACAGUAAUUUUCAACGUUUAGAAGUUAAUAGAGUUCCCGAGUUUAAACUGCAAAUGAAGCAAUUUUUGUUUACUCUACACUGAUACUAUAUGGAAUCACUAGUCAAGAUGUCCCUGUUUUGGAGACCGGGCUGCACCAGUUACAGAAUGGCAUAUUGGUAUAUGGCCUGUUUUAACCAGGAUAACUAAAUGCAGGUCUUUGUUUCACAUUGUGUUCCAACAUGCUAUUAAACUUUUUGUGGCUUUUUUGUUCCGAUAGGUAACGCGGUGAAAUAUUUAUUACUGCUCUUUGAAAAUAGGUCUGCUAAUUAGAUGUGGUGUCAAUCAUUUUUUCUAAAUGCCCCCAUUUGGAUAGUAGCGGUUUGAGCAAUACGCC